UGGAUAGAGCAAGCUUCUGAACCCAACAAGGAAGCAGUUAUUAAAGCAUUGCUAGGUGCAAAAGAAGCUAUGCUUGGGAUUAGAUAUCAUAUGCGCCUAAUGGGUGAGGCUGCAGGUGUUCCUAUUGAACCAGAAUCACAACAACUUUUAGAUGCUACACUGAACUUAGAAGGAGUGUUGUUGGCUGGAGUUCUAGGAGUAGGAGGAUUUGAUGCUGUCUUUGCUGUUACUUUGGGAGAUUCAAGCAGUAAUGUGACAAAAACAUGGAGCUCACUCAAUGUUCUUGCCCUUCUGGUUAAAGAAGAUCCUUGUGGCGUUUCUUUAAAGUGUUAAGAAAGUGUUGACAUUAGAACAAAUGAAAUCACUUCAGCUGUAUCUUCAAUUCAUAUUGAAUAA